AUGCAGGGUAGUCAGUCAAAUGAAUUGGCCGUCUAUGUAUUGAGGCGAGGUCAAUUAAAGGCGCAGCUGACAAAAUUCCAAACAUAUAUCAAUAAUGUAGAUGUGGAUAACAAUAUCAUGCAGAUAAAGAUACGUCUAGAGAAAAUAAAAGAACUUUGGACUGAGUUUGAUGUAGUUCAGAAUAAUAUCGAGGCAUUAGAUACCAGUAAUGAGCAAUUGGACUACAGAGAUACGUUUGUAAAUUUAUAUUUUGAUAUAGUUGCAAAAGCAGAGACUAUGGUACAAGGUUCAAAUGUAGUUAGUGGCAUAAACAGGUUGAGUUUACCGGGUAAUCUUGCGCAAGGAGGUGACCCGGCGAUAAAAAUGAAGCCGUUAGAAUUACCGUCGUUUUCGGGAAAAUUUGAAGAGUGGUCCACAUUUAAAGAUUUAUUUUUGACCAUGGUACAUUUAAAUCCAACAAUAGCAGGUGUACAAAAAUUUGUAUAUUUAAGAAUGUAUUUGUGUGGGGACGCAUUGGCUCUGAUACAAAAUUUAGCGACCACAGGUGACAAUUACUCGAUUGCAUGGAACACUGUCGUAGAACGAUAUGACAAUAAGCGUAUUCUCAUACAAUCUUAUACGAGAAAUAUAUAUGAAUUAGAACCUAUGCAAAAGGAGUCGAGUGUGUGUUUAAGGAAGUUUACUGCUGAUUUAAACAUGAAUAUGCAAGCUUUAAAGGCGUUAGGUCAUGAUCCAGAUGCCUGGGGUGCGCUAUUAUUGCAUGUGAUUCUAGUCAAAUUAGAUUAUAAUACAAUACGAAAUAGGGAAUCUGUGGCGACCAAAGAUAUAUUACCCUCUAUAUCGGAGUUGACAACAUUUUUAAAUGAACGGUGUAAAAUAUUAGAGGCGAUUGAUACCUCAAAAAAUUUAUCGAAUAAAUUAAAUACGUCGCAUUAUACGCAGUCUAAGCAAAAUUAUCGCAAUCCAAAUGAUAAAAACGUCCAAUUUAAAAAUAAUAAAAAAGUAAAUGCAUUUGUUGCUACCAAUCGUUUAGCAUGUUAUUUAUGUAAACAGUCACAUCCUAUUUACAAGUGUCAACAAUUUAUCGCACUCAAUGCGAAUGAAAGAGCACUAAAGGUUGAUGAACUAAACCUAUGUCGCAAUUGCCUGGGUACGGGACACACGGAUGUACAGGUGUGCAGGUCGAAAAGGGUAUGCUCCAAAUGUGAUAAAGCGCAUAAUACGUUGCUGCAUGGUGAUGUACCACAAGUUGUACAAAAUCCGUCUACGUCAAAUGUGUCUAAUUCGGAAGUGGUGGUGAGUCACGCCGCCCGUGGUCAAACGAGCGCACAAGUACUAUUAGCGACUGCAGAGGUACAUAUAUUAAAUGCAUGCGGCGAACAAGUUGUAUGCAGGGCAUUACUAGAUAACGGCUCACAGAUAAAUAUUUUGACCGAAGCAAUGGCACAGCGAUUAGGGCUUGCGAGAACAAAAAUAAAUAAAUCAAUUACAGGUAUAAAUGAGGUAGUGAGUCGUGCCGCGUAUCAGGUAACCGCGUCUAUUAAGUCACGUAUAAAUAAUUAUUCUGCCACCUUAGACAUGCUGGUAUUGCCAAAAAUUACCGGAAAACUGCCGACCAACAAUAUCGAUACUAACAAAUGGUCUAUACCCACGGAUAUUAUGUUGGCAGAUUCUAGGUGUUUUAAGCCGGAAAAAAUUGAUUUAUUGAUUGGUGCCGACACCUAUUGGGAAAUAAUGUGCUCGGGAAAUUUCAAACUGCACACAAUGGGUCCGUACUUGCAGCAAACAAUGUUCGGCUGGAUUAUUGUAGGACCAGUGAAUGAAAUUUCAUCAAAAAAUAAUUCAAUGGCUUGCUUUGUAAUAAGUGAAGAUAAUUAUUCAAAUUUGGAAAAGGAUAUUGAAGAAUUUUGGAAAAUCGAAGAAUUUUCCAAUGCAAAUAUGGACGAAACGUCGGAAGAUAGUAUUUGUAGAAAACAUUUUGAAGAUCACGUAUCAGUAGAUUUCACGGGAAAAUUUGUAGUAAAAUUGCCGUUUCGAGAUAACGUAGACAUGUUAGGCGAGUCAUAUAACAUAGCGUUAAAAAGGUUUUUAUCGUUAGAGCGUCGUCUCGGGAAAAAUCCCGAGCGAUAUAGUCAAUAUAAAGGGUUCAUGGAAGAAUAUGAGCAUUUGGGACAUAUGGAGAAAGUUAAUGAGGACAAUGACCUAUCAGUGAAAACGUAUUACAUGCCACACUCUUACGUUCUUAAUGAUAGUAGCCGAUCAACUAAAUUACGAGUGGUAUUUGACGGCUCAUGCAAAUCAGAAUCUGGAUUAUCGCUAAACGAUGUAUUGUUAAAAGGUCCUAUAUUACAAGAUUGA